GUACUACUGUACUACCAUGAUGGGUACUAUUUGUGAAAAUCAUUCUACUGUUUACUCAUUGUUUACUAGGUAACGGUAGUUAUGGUUGUAGAUCAUUUGUAGAUUGGCGUUUCAAGUGACAGGGUGACAGUGACAAGUUACAACAAACUGACAGUGACACUUACUUCAUUGACAUCAUUUUGCAUCAUUUUUGACAAAAUAUCCUAUCAGAAGAUUACACGUUUCUUCGUACAUUCACAUAUUCAAAACCUCUUGAAUUUCUGAAAUAUGGCUCAGGUUACUAAAAUAAUUUCUAAAUUUUAUAAUGAAUACCAAAGUAAAACUUCAAAGAAGUUGAAAGUAAUUGAUGCCUAUCUGUUUUAUAUUUUAUUGACCGGCAUUAUCCAAUUUGUUUAUUGUCUGCUGGUUGGUACAUUCCCGUUUAAUUCCUUUCUUAGCGGAUUUAUCUCCAAUGUCAGCUGCUUUGUCUUGGCCGUUUGCCUUAGACUUCAAGUAAAUCCAGAAAAUAAAAGUCAGUUUAGUGGAAUUAGCCCAGAACGAGGAUUUGCUGAUUUCAUUUUUGCCCAUAUUGUACUUCAUUUAGUAGUUAUGAAUUUCAUUGGUUAAUUUUAAAUAUUCCUUGUAAGUAAAAACAUGUAUUACUUUCAAUAAAAUUUACUUUUUUUUGUAUAA